AUGCGCGCCUCGCCUCUGGUCGUCCUCGCCGCCGCCGCCGCCGCGGUGUCGGCCCAAGCGCAGAACUACACAUCCGAGCUGGAGAUGAAGAUUGAUCCCAACACGGUGCAGGUGCAAGUUCGAGCUUCAUGGUGCCAGGCCCAGACCAACACGUGCACUCUUCUCUGCGACAACGAAACCGACAAGAACAGCUGUGCUCAGGAGGACCUCUCCUUCGCCUGCACGUGCGCCUCCAACAGCUCGGCACCCGGUCUCCAGUACUACGUCCAGACGAUGCCCACCUUCAUCUGCGAGACGCUCUUCGAACAGUGCAACAUCCAGCAGGUGAGCAACGCCGAAGGCCAGAAGGCCUGCAUGACGAACAUCAAAAACCUCUGCGGCAAGAACCCCCCGCCCAAAGGGCCUGUCAGCGGCGACAGCGCCUCGACGACGGCCGCCACGACCGCCACGGCCUCGACGACCAGCGCCAGCAGCACUACCGUCUCGACCUCCAAGUCGGCUGGCUUCGCCGCCCCUACCUUGGCCUUGCCGGGCAGCGGUGCCGCCGCCGCCGCCGCCGCCGUCGGCGUCCUUGCCUAUUUCAUCUAG